UGGAUGCUUGCUGGUUUGGUUAGCAGACAUGCGGUACUACAGAGUGCAGGGCUUGACAGAGAAAUCAGGAGACAUGAAGCUGCUGCUAGAAAAUAUCAAAGUGCUUUAUUUUGCCAGUGACUGUGUGGAGCCGUAUGUUGAGAUUAUCACAGUGAAGGACUCCAAGCGGCGUUUGAGUCUGUGCAGCUCGCAGGGCUCCGAGGCAGAGGAGCCCGAGGACCAGGAGGAAGUUGACCUCCCUGUCCUGGGUGACCACAGCCAGCUGCUGGAUGAACACCACCUGAAGAGACUUUCUACUCAGAUUCCAGCGAGGACCCAGGGGUAUAAAUGGCAACUGGUCUACAGCACAGCCAUCCACGGCAGCAGCCUGAAGACUUUAUACAGGAAUAUGGCUGAUCUGGACAGUCCUGUGCUGUUGGUCAUCAAAGACAUGCACAAAAAGGUGUUCGGGGCCUUUUCUUCCGAACCGUUCAGAGUCAGUAAAUACUGCUACGGCACCGGAGAAACCUUUCUGUUCAGCUUCAACCCUGACUUCCAGGCGUACAGGUGGAGUGGUGAGAACUCCUACUUUGUGAGCAGCAACCUGGAAUCUCUGGCGAUUGGAGGAGGAGGGGGCAGAUUUGGCCUGUGGCUGGAUGAUGAUCUAUAUCAUGGUUCAAGUUUUUCCUGUCCUACCUUCCACAAUGAGUCUCUCUCCUCACAUGAAGACUUCAUCGUACAAGACCUCGAAAUCUGGACUGUGCAGAACUGAGGGAGAACAUCUGAUUAAAUGAAAACAAAGUAGAACCCACUGGACUGUCAGGAGUUAUAAAACUUCUAGACUUCAAGGAUCAUGGGUGAUUUAGCCACACUGUACAAAACCUGAUAGGGCAGUUGCUAUCAUCUGUGCAUCUGGCUCAGAUUAGCCCACAGUAUGAAGCCUGCUCUAAUGGUUCUUGGGCUGGACUUUCUGUUUAUACUGGUUUGAUCUGCGCCUGUUAACAAGUGGCUGGAUGAAAUCCUGAAAUUCAGGGUCGGCUAUUCAUCAGUAGCCCUGUAGCAGUAAGUAACUGGCACCUGAAGCUUUAAGCCCUCCAUGCCCUCCCUUGGCUGUGGGCAUUAUAAUACAAAGCUCACAGUAGCACUGAAAGAGAGUCUGUAAGCACAAUAAUUUAAUUGAUAGAGACAGGAAAGGGGGGUGAGAGAGAGAGGGGAUAACGCGCAUUAAAGGGCCAUAGGUUGGACUUGACCUUGGGCCGCCAAAACAGGGAUGUUGGAAUGUUGGCACAUGGGGCGCCAGCUCUAACAGAUGAGCUUUCUAGGCACCCCAGGAAGUUUUCAUUUUCUGUCUCAAAACUGAGCAGGUUUGUGAAAUUUUAAAAUGUGUUUUUACAGUAUGUACAGUCAAGCCCAAAAUGAUUCAUACUCCUGGCAAAUUUUGACUUAAAGUUACUUUUAUUCAACCAGCAAGUUUUUUUUCUUGAUUGGAAGUGACACAGGUGUCUCCCAGAAGAUAAGACUAUGUACAAGAGGCAUCAUUGUGGAAAAAAAUGUAUGUAUAUGUGUGUGUGUGUGUGUAUAUAUAUAUAUGUGUAUGUAUGUAUGUAUGUAUGUAUGUAUGUAUGUAUGUAUGUGUAUAUAUAUAUAUAUAUAUAUAUAUAUAUAUAUAUAUAUAUAUAUAUAUAUGCGCUUUUAUUUACAUUUGAACAAAAAGUUCAUACUCUUCUCAGUGGUCAAUAGAAAAGCCUUUAUUGGCUGUUACAGCAAUGAAACGCUUCCUAUAAUUGCUGACUAGCUUUUUUUUUUUUUUUUUUUUUAGCGAUGAGCUCCAACUCUUUCAGGUUGGAGGGUCUCCUUGCCAUCACCCUGAUCUUUAGCUCCCUCCACAUAUUCUCAAUUGGAUUCAAGUCAGGACUCUGGCUGGGCCACUGCAAAACAUUGUUUUUGUCCGCUAACCAUUUCUUCACCACUUUUGCUGUCUGUUUUUUGGGUUGUUGUCUUGCCGAAAUGUCCACUGGUGCCCAAGGCCAAGUUUCUCUGCAGACUGCCUGAUGUUGUUGUUGAGAAUCUUGAUGCAUUGCUCUUUUUUCAUGGUGCCGUUUACUGUGAUUAGGUUCCCUGGUCCAUUGGCUGAAAAACACCCCCGAAGCAUUAGGUUCCCACCACCACGUUUGACAGUGGGGAUGGUGGGCUUCUCCUUUUUUACGCAAAAUGAAUGAUACAUCAUUGUGGCUAAACAAUUCAAAUUUUGUUUCAUCUGACCAUAACACAGAAGACCAGAAGUCUUCUUUGUCCAGAUGAUCAUUUGCAAAGGCCAAGCAGGCUUUUGUGUGCCUUAUCUGGAGAAGUGGCGUCCUCCUUGGUCUGCGUCCGUGGAACCCAGCAGUGUGCAGUGUCUGUUGGGCUGUCUGCCUUGAGACGUUGCCACCAGCAGAGCUCAGAUUCACCAGGAUGGCCUUGGUGGUGAUCCUUGGAUUCUUUUUCACCUCUCUUACUAUCCUCCUGGACAGCACAGGCGUCACUUUUGGCUUCCGACCACGUCCUCUGAGAUUUCCCACGGUGCGGAACGUCUUGUAUUUUUUUAAUAAUACUUUGCACUGUAGCCACUGGAACUUGAAAACAUUUAGACAUUGCCUUAUAGCCCUUUCCUGACUUGUGUGCAGUCACAAUGCGCAGACGCAGGUCCUCAGUGAGCUCCUUUGUCUUAGACACAACUAUCCACAAACCUGUUGCAGAGAGCUGCUGUUUUUCACCUGUUGAGUUGAUUAAAACAGCUGUUCCCAACAAAUCAGGGUAAUUAGGAUGCUUUAGAACAGCUUAGACUAUUUGGAAUGGUAUAGAACUUUAGAUUUUCCCAUAGACUGUGACAGUUUGCAAAAGGUAUGAAUAAUUUUGGACAUGCCACUUUUUUUCCACAAUGAUGCCUCUUGUACAUCGUUUUAUCUUUUGGGAGAAGCCUGUGUCAUUUCCGGUAAAAAAAAAAAAUGCAAUAUAAAUAAAUGUAACUUUAAGUCAAAAUUUGCUAGGAGUAUGAAUAAUUUCAGCCUUGACUAUAUCUGUGUGCAUAUGUUCAAUUUUCUCUCAUGGCCCAGGGUUUAUGAAACAUACUUGAUACAUAAAGGGCCAUACCUAUCUUUAAGACAAAAAAAGUUUAGUAAUUAAUUUAUGGUAUAAACACUGAAACAUGAUAGGGCCCACAAUGGCCUAUCUGGACUAAUUGUACAAAGUGUUUUCUUACAUGAGGUCUGAAUUUAAUGUUCUCCAUUUUAAAACUACAGCUGCAGAUGGUGACCUAUCUACUCAGGUUCAAGAAUAAAAGUAUAGGGUUACACUAUAAACAGUUAUUAUCUGUGAUGUGUGCUGUUUGUGGCGGAAGGGACCUCAACUGUCAUUUCUGUUUUUUGGAAAGUGACACACAUGCUGCCUAUUUGCCUAAAUGGAAAAUAUUUUAUUAAGAAACAGAAAACAUUUAGAAUCUUUCAAAUUUUUAAUUUUUGCUAUUUAUUUAAAUGUAUUUAAGAGAAAAAAAAAGCUAAAUUUCAUGUUCUGUUUGUCUGUUUGUUUCACAUUUCUUCAUGUUUGUGUGUAAAUCUGAGUCUGCCAGGCAGUGCUGGUACUGCCACUGUAAUUUUGUGGAACCACAUUAACACUUUUUCUUUCCUGGUGAAAGACAAUGUUUUCAUAGCAUUCAUAUUUCAUUAUGAAUAAAUCCUUAAAAAAACA